UCCACAGCUGCUAUAUUAGUGGUGGCCAUAAUGGGCCAUUGUGCCUCUCGCGAUCAAAAAGAUCAAAAAAAGCUGAAUCGUAGGAUUGAUGAGCAGAUCCGUAAGGACCAGUCGAUGUCAUUACGUAUCAUCAAACUGCUUUUAUUAGGAGCCGGUGAAAGUGGCAAAAGUACGAUUCUUAAACAGAUGAGAAUACUUCAUAAAGAUGGAUUUUCGCAACAAGAUCUCGAAAUGAUACGACCCGUUGUUUAUAGUAAUUGCAUACAUAGUAUGCUUGCGAUUCUCAGGGCAAUGUUUCACUUACAAAUUGAAUACGGCGAUCAAGAACGUGUGCGUGAUAGUCAGUUGGUAUUUGCAACCGUUCAUGCAAAUAAAGAAGAACUCACCGAAGAGCUAUCAGCCGCCAUGCAACGACUAUGGAUGGAUAGUGGUGUUCGCGAAUGCUAUCGUCGAUCGAAUGAAUACCAGAUCGAUGAUUCCGCUAAAUACUUUUUGGAUAAUUUAUCGAGGUUAAGCGCUCCAAACUAUUUGCCAAGUGAACAGGAUCUUUUAAGAACACGAGUGAAAACAACUGGUAUAACAGAAGUUUUAUUCGAAUUGAAAGGUCUAACGUUUAGAGUGAUAGAUGUUGGAGGUCAACGUUCAGAAAGGAAGAAAUGGAUACAUUGUUUUGACAACGUUAAUGCUAUCAUUUUCAUCUCUUCGUUGUCCGAAUACGAUCAAACGUUACGUGAAGACAAUUGUACGAAUCGAAUGCAAGAGUCACUAAAAUUGUUCGAUUCGAUCUGCAACAGUCCAUGGUUCGCAGAUAUACACUUCAUUCUGUUUUUGAACAAGAAGGAUCUCUUCGCUGAAAAAAUUGUCCGAUCUCCGUUGACGAUUUGUUUUCCUGAAUAUAAAGGUCAGCAAAACCAAUCCGAAUGUAUAAACUACAUUCAAUGGAAAUUUGAGCAGUUGAACAGGUAUGUUGUCUAUGGAAAGUUCAAGUCGCCACCGACCCAGACGAUCGAGGGUCGCAAAGACCCUCAUCCGAAACCAAAAGCCACCCGACGACAAGCACGUUUUGCCACUGCUAAGUGCUUGCCAUCGUGUCGGUGGCUACCGCAAAAAAAGAUGUCGGUUUGCAACUCUGGUUUAUACGUAUGA